AUGGUUUCAUGGGGGAUCCGCUUAGAGCUUGCCCCAGUUGAGAAGGACAGGAGGCGCACAUAUCUACCACCAGCAUGUUAUACAAUGUCGAAAGAUGAAAGAACACAAUCCUGUAAAUGUUUGCGUGAUAUUAAGGUUCCAUCUAGUAAUUCAGCGAACAUUAAGAGUUUGGUGUCAAUGAAAGACUGUAAGUUGCAGGGAAUGAAAUCACAUGAUUGUCAUGUUUUAAUGACACAUAUGAUUCCAAUCGCACUUCGUGGGUUGUUGCCAGAGCAUAUCCGACAUACAAUCACACAACUUUGCUCAUUUUUUAACACGAUCCACUCGAAAGUGCUUGAUCCUGAAUUCUUGGAUUCAUUGCAAAGCGAUAUUAUUCUGACCCUCUGCCAACUAGAGAUGUAUUUCCCACCGUCCUACUUUGAUGUAAUGGUUCAUCUAGUAUCUCAUAUUGUAGGAGAAAUUAAGGCUUGUGGUCCUGUAUAUCUACGUUACAUGUACCCUUUUGAAAGGUAUAUGGGUGUCUUAAAAGGGUAUGUAAGGAAUAGAUCUCGACCCGAGGGCAGUAUUGUUGAGGGAUAUGUUGCUGAGGAGGCCACUGAAUUUUGUACAGGCUAUUUGGAUGGUAUCAAAAGUAUUGGCGUUUCUCAAUCUCGUCACUCAGGCAGACUUAGUGGGGUUGGUACAAUUGGAUCAAAAUCUUUCAACCCGGACUAUAAACUUUUUGAGCUUGCACAUUUUGCAGUCCUCCAACAUAUGACAUGUAUUUCUCCAUACAUUGAGGAGCACAUGGCUACAUUACGCGUCGAGAACAUUGGUAGGGCUGAUCUAUGGUAUGCAAGGAAACAUAAUGAACAGUUUGUUACUUGGUUGAAAAACAAGGUAACGACAAAUUUUGGUCAACCAAAUAUUGAUGAAACGGUGCAAAAGUUGGGGGAGGGCCCAAAUUCUAAAGUCAUAACAUAUCAAGGAUACGACAUCAACGGUUAUACAUUUUACACCAAACAACAAGAUGAAAAGAGUACGGUGCAAAAUAGUGGAGUUACAUUAAUAGCCUCUACGGUUGAAUACCAAAGGAUGAACCAUGAAACAAGAGCAACUAUUGCCAAAAAUGCCUAUUGUGGUGUGAUACAAGAAAUCUGGGAGUUGAACUAUGGUUUGUUUACUAUACCAUUGUUCAAGUGUAAGUGGGUGAAUAAUAGCUCAGGUGUUAAAGUUGACAAAUAUGGUUUCACCCUUGUUGAUCUUGAAACGAAUGGUUAUGCAUCUGAACCCUUCAUUCUUGCAAAUCAAGCCAAACAGGUGUUUUUUAUUCAAGACCAGAGCAAGCCAAGAUGGCACAUCGUCAUGCAUGGAAAACGACGUAUACUUGGCGUUGAUGAUGUCGUUGAUGAAAAAGAAUAUGACCAAUUUGAUGAGCUACCACCAUUUUCUAUUGGCACUACCAGUCCAAUAAAUGGUGACACCACAUAUCUACGAUCAGACCAUAAUGAAGGAUUAUGGGUUGACACAACCCAUGUUACAUGA